AUGGCGCGAUCCGGACUACGACGCCUCGCGGCAGAACAUGCUGCUCUACACGAGGAACUCCCUCCAAACUACCUUCUCCCUUCCGACGAUUCAGCCGAUGACUUGACUCAGCUUACGGCUCUGUUGGCUGGACCACAGGGCACGCCAUACGCACAGGGCCUGUGGCGACUGUAUCUGAAGAUGCCAGAGGACUAUCCCAAGAGUCCGCCGAAGGCAACGUUUAAAACUCGCAUAUGGCAUCCAAAUGUGGAGGAGUCAACCGGGACGGUUUGUGUGGAUACCUUGAAACGGGACUGGAAGCAGACCUUGACGUUGAAGGAUGUCUUGAUCACAAUAUCGUGUCUCCUCAUUUACCCAAAUCCCAACUCCGCUUUGAAUUCCGCAGCUGGUUCUCUUCUGCAGGAAAACUACGACGCAUUUGCGCGUCAAGCGAAACUGAUGACGUCUAUCCAUGCUCCUGUUCCGCCGGCAUUGAAACACGCAGUGGCCGAGGCAAAAACGAGAGGAGAGGAUGCAGGAACAAGUAUACCAGACCAGGAAGACGUUCGCUCAUUACGAUCCCGGAAAAACGUCAAGGUACAGCAGUCAUUGACGAUGAAGAAAAGCAGUCGGCGCGACCCAGCCACCACCGCAACAACACAGCCGUCGCCCCACCAACGAGACCACCACGCUACCGAUAACCAGCGGGACUACCAACAACCACCAGAUGAUGACAUCGACUCUGGCCCUAUCUUCGCCGAUGACGAGCCCGAGGAUCCAUCUAACGCCAGCAAAGAGAAUGACCCAUCACUGUCGCCGUCACCAGUGAAAUUCGCCCCGCCGAGUCCGCGGAAAAACGGCCUUGGGAAACGUCCACUCUCCGUGCUAACGGCACCCGUUGACAUCGGCCCAUAUGCAACGGAAGCAGAGGACACCGAUGGAGGCCCAACGACAGCUUCAGUGAAGAACAUCGCCGCGAACUACUCCAGCGAUACUCCAGAACGCGAUGGCUCGCCACAAAGGAAAUCACCCAAACUAUCCGUUCUCAACAAGGGCGUCAACUCCUCUGGCCGCAUACGCGAAGAGGUCAAGAUCUUCGAAGAUGCCCCGGAAUCUAUGGGUCCAGAUCAUCAACUCAGUGGAGACGGCAAAGAAAACCAUGAAUCUCGAUGCGGAACAAAAGAGUUGAUGGGCCUAGGAGCCCGCAAACCCCAAUCCAACUUCCCCUCAACCAUCUUCGCACCGUCGUCAUCCUCGAGUGCACCGCAUUCUAGCGCUAGACCAUCCAAGUCCGUCCCCGGAUCUAGGAAAGUAUCUGGCUUGACUACGAUGAAGGCAAAGCCUCGUAUCGGCAUUCGGAGAUUAUAA